UUAAAAGCUGUUUUUAUCUCAGUGCUAGUCCAGUUCACACUUUAAUUCUCUUGCAUGAUAGUGUCGUAAAUAUCGCAAUUUGCAGAACGAGACAAAUAAUAUACAAGUGACAAAACACAUACAGAAAAAUCAGCUGAAAUGCUUUUUACAUAUCUACUACCGUUCGUAGCUGCUGGAGCUUAUUUGGCUCCAGUACCUGAAAAGCCCUGUGAAUCCUGUAGUGGAAAUUGCUAUCAGUUAAAUAUCGAGUCUACGAAUAUGGAGGAUUUGCGAAAAGAGUUGGAAGAGAAAUUUACCGAUAUUUUGAAUGAGAAUAUGAAAGAUGAAUUGAUGAUAACUACAGAGCUGGUGCUCAAUGAUGGCUCAAAAAUUAAACAACCACCACUGACUACAAGUCCUGGAACCACGGUUAAACUUGACUCUACAAGUACCUUUCAACAAGAUUUUACUACUACCGGGGCCGAUAUUGAAAAUGAAAUCCCUUCUGAUCACGACGCUGCCACAACUAUGACACCAGUUGAUACCUCCGACUGGCAUUCCAAACCGACUACCACUAAAACGCAAACGACUCUGGCCACUACAGUGAAAUUAGGAACCACUUCUGAAGAAUCUACCGAUUUGGAAACUACUACCAAGAUUACAUGCAAAACGGCUCCAGAUUUGCCAACUGAUUGCUCAAAUGCUUUCCAUGAAAAAGCCAGAGUAAGAAAUACAACCGGUGGUGUGUUUGAUAUAUGCAUGAAAUCAGAAGAUCGACCUAUCGAAGUUUACUGCGAUCUCAAAACGGAUGGGGGAGGCUGGACAGUAUUUCAAAGACGGAUGGACGGUUCCACAAAAUUUGACAGAACAUGGAAAGAGUACAAAACUGGGUUUGGAGAUGCAGAUAGGGAUAUGUGGCUUGGGUAGGAACUGGUCUACAAAUUAACAAAAGGUGGAAAUAAUGAACUUAGAAUUGAUUUAGAAGAUUUUAAAGGACACAAAGUUUAUGCGAAUUACGGAACAUUUUCGAUUGGAUCGGCCAAGGAAAAAUAUAAAAUCACAGUUAGUGGAUACACAGGAAACGCAAGAGAUUCAUUCGGUUCAAACAACGGAAUGAAUUUUACUACUAGGGAUGCUGAUUAUGAUAAAUCGAGCAAAGACAAUUGUGCAAACAAAUUUUCUGGGGGUUGGUGGUAUAAUAACUGUGGCGCAGGGUCAAAUCUAAACGGCAAGUAUUUCAAGAAUGUUAGAAAUUCAAACAAAGGAAUUGUUUGGGAUCAAUGGAAUAAAUUCAAUUACUUAAAGUUUACUGAAAUGAAAUUCAGAAAAAAGAAAUAAGACUCUUUUAAAUGUCAGUUAGGGUUGAGUGAGUUUCUUUCUCCAUGCUUUUGCGCUAGCGGAUCCGUAUGCGUAUAAUGCGAGACUUUUUUAUUUUCAAUUUUUGAUAUGUAUACAAUGGAGAAAGAAAGCGCAAGGCAAGAAUACAAAUUGCUGUACGAUAUGCUUUGAUUUAUAAACUCUGCAGGUGUUAAACAAAGGUUUCCGACAAUCUAAUCAAUUUCUUUUUUUUUUUUAAUCAUUUUUGUGAUAUAUUUUAAUUUAUUUCAUAAUAAUUUAAACUGUAUCAAGAAGAUGCUUUGUUGCUGAUAUUUAAUUCUUAUUUAUUGUUAAAUUACUAAAAACAGCCCAGAUUUUUAAACACUCACGUUAACCUUAUUGUACAAUAAAUAAAUGAUCUAGUAUGGUGUUGCUUAUUUUGUGUUAUAAAAAUGAUGCGUUUCUAACUUAUUGUAGAAAUUUAGUCAACAUUGGUAUAUUGACGAACGUCGACGAACAUUUUUUUGCUG